AUGCCAGGCUUUUCGCCCGAGCAGACCGACUCGAUAACGGCAACAUGGAAGAAACGCAAGUGGGACCAUGAGGAGUCAAGGACUCUACCACGUCCAACAACAUGUAUCCCAUCCUGCCGAGUUGACAGGCCUGAAUACGACAGCAGCUGCUCACUGCCUUUCUCCCGACACCCAGACGGAGCAGACAUAUCUUUCCGACCACGCUGCCUCCCUCGCAAGCGCCGACAUGUCCAAGGCCCUUAUAUUACACUACCACCCCAUCAACAUCAACUCCAACACCAACAAUCCCCAACCCAUCUCUCCCCAAACGUCUACGGCACCCCAAACCAAGACCCAUACUCACCCCCGGUCUCCCCGAAGACCCUCGUCCCACUUCACCACCCAACCCAACAAUCCGCCUCCCCCUCGGCCCUCCGGCCCUGCCAUAUCUGCCACCGCCGCCCAACCACGCGCCAAGUCCUCGACGCCUAUGCAGACUGCGAUCUCUGCCACGAACGGGCAUGCUUCAUCUGUCUCCGACAAUGCGACAGUGCCUCCUGCGGCGGGACAUUCGGUCUGCCAGAAGAUCAAGGCAUGCACAUGCACAUGAGCCUAACCGACGACGCCAACUAUGAUACAAAUGAGGCGCCGAGGAGGAAAAUCUGCUCCGGCUGUGCUGUAGAGGAAGUCACCGAGACUGGGGCGGAGAUUGUCCGUUGUCUCGACUGCGUGCAUGGUGCGGGCUCUUGGGCUGCAGCUUCUAUUCCGUCUGGUUGGGCUUUAGAUGAUAUGCGGCAUGAGGAUAUGACCGGGUGA